AUGCUAUUACUAGCAACAUUCUUUCCUGAUUCUGAUAGUGGUCAAUUAAACGGAGAAUAUGAUAUAUUUCUGGAAAUCCUUAAAGCUACAGUUGAUUUUGCAGAUCUUUUAGGACUGUACUUUGCGCUCAAUUCUGUGCCAGGAAAAGGGCAUGCAAAAAUUCUUACCUCUGCCAUCGGUUGGGCCAGUGCUGAGGUUGUUGUCACCAGAAGUGUACUACUUUGGGUUGGCGCCCGUGGUUCAGAGUUUGAUUGGCGAUAUGUUCGCUCAUGUGCAGAGUCUAAUGUCGCUCUAUUGCAACACGCCGCCACUGCCGCCCUUGUGUGGCUAUGGACAAGAAAGGCAGAUAGAAAUGUUACUGAAUGGGACCUACUAAUCCGAUUCUACGAAUCAAGGAAGCCUGAACAAUGUAAAAAUUAUGAUUUAAAGCACCCACCAUUAUUAGGGCAAGCACAUUCACAUGUUAAACAAGAUGUCAAUUUCAACCUCAAUUGCACAAAUGCCUGCUUUUCAACUUCAGUGGACUUGAUAUUCAAAGCAUGCUACACUAUUAAAAGUAUGUUAUUAAGAGGAUCUCGCAGUUCGGAAGGCCAUGACUCUUUUCACUAUGUAACAAACAAUUUCACAAAUAUAAAAACAUUAAGAAACAGUACUCCUGCUGUAAAAUUUGUUAACUAUAAUGACUAUGUGUCUGCAAUAUGGUUUCUUGGCCCUGUCCCUGCUGUCAACUUCACCAUGGACGUAUGCAAACUUAACAGCACCUUACCUGAAGAGCCGUGCGAGGACGUGACGCAGAACUGCACCGCGCAGCUGCACGAGAUCCGGUGCCGCCUGCGGGUGGAGCGCGGCGCCUACUCGAUGCGGCUCUCGCACCAGGCGCCCUGGGGCUACGGCCGCGUGGCCGAGCACGGCGCCCUGGCCGAGUUCGAGCACUACGGGCUGGGGCCGCUGGGGCCGGAGGGCGCCGAGGGCGGGUGGGGCGCGCGCUGGGCGGCGGCGGCGGCGGCCGCGGCGCUGGCGCUGCUCUCGGCGGCGCUCGCGCUGGCCUUCCGCGCCCGCCUCGCCGCGCGCCUGCGCCGCUCCGUGCUCGCCGCCUGGCUGCGGGCGUGCGUACACCUUUCACUACGGCAGCAGCUAGAUCUCACUACACCAGGCGAUCGCAUUAGCUCUGUCUUCCGCAGCGAGGAGGCGUCCGCGGCCAAGGCGGGCGCGGAGGCGGAGGCGGAGGCGGGGGCGGAGGAGGGCGCGGCGGUGCUGCUGCUGUACGCGCGCGACUGCGCCGCCAUGGAGGAGGUGGCGCGGCUGGUGGGCGAGCUGGCCUCGCUGGCGGCGCCGGGCCGCGUGCUGGACCUGUUCUCCGGCGCGGUGCAGGCGCGCGCCGCGGCCGCGCCCGCCGCCUGGCUGCGCGCCCUGCUGCGCCGCCCCGCCACGCGCGUGCUGCUGCUGCAGACGCCCAAGGCCGCCUGCCUCUACGGCGCCGCGCUAAGCAAACACGGCGACCGCCUGCGCCUGGAGCGGCCGCUGCUGGGCGGGCGCGUGGUGGCGCGCAGUCCGCACGCGGGCGACGCGCUGCUGCAGCUGGCGCUGCGGCUGAUGGCGGAAUCCGCCGCCGCGCCCGACGCCACGGACGAGCUGCCCUACAGGAAAUACUUCGUCGCGGAGAUCUCCGGGCUGGAGGCGGAGCUGGUGCCGCUGGUGACGCCGCUGCGGCGCUACGCGCUGCCCGAGGCGGCGGCCGCGCUGCUGCGCGACCUGGCGCCCGCCGACGCCCUCGCCGGCGAUCAGCUGCGCCGCCUCGAGCCGCUGCUGCAGCCGCUCGGGGACGCCGUCGACCGCCUGCUGCGCUACGUGGCCGACCACCCGGACUACCUCAGCGAGGAGCUGCUCUUCCUC